AUGACCACUGCCAAUCUACCCGGAUUCAGGCAAGAGGGCCAGCUGCGCAUUGCCGGUCUAUCAAACACCAUUACCGACGUAAUCAGGCUCACUGGAGAGAUGGGUAUACCCUAUCUGUGGGUUGACGCGCUGUGUACCAUCCAGGAGGGUGACGGAGGAGCCGAUAAGGCAAGGCAGAUUCCUGUCAUGGACGCGGUCUACGGACUAUCAGAGCUCACCAUCGUCCAGGCCAGCGGCCAGGAUAGCAAAUGCCCUCUGCUGGGUUUCGGAGACGACUCGACACCGCCAAGACAGACUCAAGGUGAAAUAAAGCCGGGCCUAUGGGUUGCUCUUCAGAUGACGGGUUUCGAUGACAAGCAGAAGGCAUCUUCUACGUGGAACACACGAGCAUGGACAUCUCAGGAAGCUGUCUUGUCCCCGCGGUUAUUGAUUUUCCACCACGGUCACGUCACUUGGGAAUGCCGUGAGAGAGUUUGGUGCGAAGACAUGUCAACGGAGCCAGGCGACACUCCUCAACCGGCGAAGUCCUCGAGUUUUAUGCCGCAGUUCGGGUCCCAGAUGCUGCCCGUCGGUGCAUCUGAGCUCCAAGAGAUCCACAACGAGCUGCAAAGUCUUGAAUCCAUCGACCACCUCGGCCGUAAUGACCACAUCUCAAGGUACGAGUCGGCUGUUCAGGAAUACACGAGUCGGGAGAUGACAUAUUGGGGCGACAAGCUCAACGCCUUCGCUGGCCUUGGGGCUAUUUACGAAAGGCAAAUGGGCACCAAACUGGUGUUUGGGCUGCCGGCAAACCAGCUCGAUAUGGCGCUGUUGUGGACCACGACGGAUGGUGCAUCGCUGGAGAGGUUGCCCGAUUUCCCCAGCUGGUCGUGGGCAGGAUGGAAGGGCGCCGUGCAUCACCCGAGCAGUAAUCCUGUGGCGCUGUCGCCAACGUGCCACUUCUGGAUAGUAGAUAAGGACAACCGUGCUACUGAUGAUGGGAAGAUGCAGCUAAAGCGUCUGGUUCAGGCGUGGGAGGCCGACGACUACGUCCCACACGAACGGCCGGUCCGGGUCCGUCCUAUUGACCCUGGCAAUAGAACCCGUUACCCCAAAGUAGGUGUCAGCAGGUGCUUGGAUCGAUCGCAUACUGACCAUCUGGAUCCCAAAAUGGACCUCAGCAAAUGUCUGUGUUUCGAAACCCUUCACUCCAACGCCUCACACUUCAGCAUAAAGGACGGUCGCAAACUGGUGUUCAAUCUAACCGGGAAGGUUGUGGGCGGAAUAGCUCUAGAUGAACCAUUGGGAGCUGCUGGCUUGACCGCAGAUAUGGAGCUUGCUAGGCUCAACAUGUGCACAAUUGGUCAGCGGAACAGAGAGGAGGAAUACUUCCCGGAAUUUCUCUUUUCCACUCCUGGUUUGGGUGGCAACAUGGUGAUGGAAGCUAAGGACUCUCCAGCAAGAAGAUCAGAGCCCCAUAUGGAAUGGUGUCGUGUUCUUCUUGUCGAGAAGAGGGCUGAUGGGAGUGUGAAGCGCAGGGGAAUAGGCGACAUGAUGGGGGCGGCGUUGUAUGACCUGAAGCAGAAGAUGCUCUUUCUUUCGUAA